CGGUGGAAGGGUUUUCCCUCACCCGGUGCCUGACCGUGCCGCCGCCUCGCCCUGCCCCGCAGUACGGCUUCGUCAAUCACGCCCUGGAGCUGCUCGUCAUCCGCAACUAUGGCCCCGCCGUCUGGGAGGACAUCAAGAAGGAGGCACAGCUGGAUGAAGAAGGACAGUUUCUGGUCAGAAUAAUUUAUGAUGACUCCAAAACCUAUGAUCUGGUUGCAGCUGCAAGCAAGGUCCUUAAUCUGAAUGCUGGGGAAAUUCUUCAGAUGUUUGGGAAGAUGUUUUUUGUGUUUUGUCAAGAAUCUGGCUAUGAUACAAUUCUCCGUGUCUUGGGCUCCAACGUCAGAGAGUUUUUGCAGAACCUGGAUGCUUUGCAUGACCACCUUGCUACCAUUUACCCGGGUAUGCGAGCCCCUUCCUUUCGAUGCACUGAUGCGGAGAAAGGGAAGGGCCUCAUUCUGCAUUACUACUCGGAAAGAGAAGGUCUCCAGGAUAUUGUCAUCGGGAUCAUCAAAACAGUAGCUCAGCAGAUCCAUGGCACCGAAAUAGAUAUGAAGGUUAUUCAGCAGAGAAAUGAGGAAUGUGACCACAUUCAGUUUCUAAUUGAAGAGAAAGAGUCUAAAGAAGAGGACUACUAUGAGGACCUUGACAGAUUUGAAGAAAAUGGUACCCAAGAGUCUCGCAUCAGUCCCUAUACUUUCUGCAAGGCCUUUCCUUUCCACAUAAUAUUUGACAGAGAUCUGGUGGUCACGCAGUGUGGCAAUGCUAUAUACAGAGUCCUUCCACAGCUGCAGCCAGGAAAUUGCAGUCUGUUGUCAGUUUUCUCCUUGGUCCGGCCUCAUAUUGAUAUUAGUUUCCAUGGGAUCCUCUCACAUAUCAAUACAGUGUUUGUACUGAGGACCAAGGAGGGGCUGUUGGAUGUGGAAAAGCUGGAGUGUGAAGAUGAACUGACUGGCACAGAAAUCAGCUGCUUACGCCUGAAAGGGCAAAUGAUCUACUUGCCUGAAGCGGACAGCAUUCUCUUUCUUUGUUCGCCAAGUGUGAUGAACUUGGAUGAUUUAACCAGAAGAGGUUUAUAUCUGAGUGAUAUUCCACUGCAUGAUGCUACCCGUGAUCUGGUUCUUUUGGGAGAGCAGUUCAGAGAGGAAUAUAAACUGACUCAAGAGCUUGAGAUCCUGACUGACAGGCUGCAACACACACUGCGUGCACUGGAAGAUGAAAAGAAAAAGACAGACACAUUGCUGUACUCUGUUCUUCCACCAUCAGUGGCAAACGAGCUGAGACACAAGCGUCCUGUUCCAGCUAAGCGCUACGACAAUGUCACCAUUCUUUUCAGUGGCAUUGUUGGAUUCAACGCCUUCUGUAGUAAACACGCCUCUGGAGAGGGAGCCAUGAAGAUUGUUAAUCUUUUAAAUGAUCUUUAUACGAGAUUUGAUAUUCUGACUGAUUCACGAAGGAAUCCGUUUGUUUAUAAGGUGGAAACAGUCGGGGACAAGUACAUGACAGUGAGUGGUCUACCAGAGCCUUGCAUUCAUCAUGCACGAUCUAUCUGCCACCUGGCAUUGGAUAUGAUGGAAAUAGCAGGCCAAGUUCAAGUAGAUGGUGAGCCUGUGCAGAUAACGAUAGGAAUCCAUACCGGUGAGGUAGUCACAGGUGUCAUAGGCCAAAGGAUGCCACGUUACUGUCUCUUUGGAAAUACUGUCAAUCUAACAAGCAGAACAGAAACUACUGGAGAAAAGGGAAAGAUCAACGUCUCUGAAUAUACUUACAGGUGUCUUAUGACACCAGAAAAUUCAGAUCCUCAGUUCCACCUGGAGUACAGGGGUCCAGUUUCUAUGAAGGGUAAAAAAGAACCAAUGCAGGUUUGGUUUUUGUCCAGAAAGAGUACAGAGACAGAGGAAGCAAAGCAAGAAACUCUCUGAGCUGAGGGAAGAGGAAGAGGACACUGGAUAGGGUGCAAUACUGUCUCCAAAUAGGGUGCCAGGCAGUAAGGUUGAGUUAUGGAUGUUAUUUCACGUCAUAUCUCCCAUUGCUAUGUGCAGUACCAUUGUCUUUUGCCAUAGUCCUGAAAUAAUACUCAUCAUUUUUCUCCAGGCUUGCUUGCUCUUUUCUUUUCCUGAAUGUUUGGUAUUGCUCUGUCUCUGCUAUGAGCAUGUAUUUCGAGCUUUCCUUUCUCUUUUUUGAUACGCAUUUUUGCACGUCAGUCAUGUGGCCCUUCCUACCAGCAACUAAUUCUGAAUAAAAUUUUGUAGUAUGCACGCCACAACUAACCACUUCAGUCUGAUGCUUCGCGUUGUCAUCUUCAUCUCUGAAGUACAG